AUGAUUUCACUUGGAAAGGGAGCAUUGCUUUCACUCUCAUUGCUUAUUCUUGUUGCUGUUCAACUUGCAACUUGUCAAUAUGUUACUUUUACAUACAAUACUGGAAAUGUGGCAAACAACAAUACUGUAAUGGAAAUUAAUUUAAAGGAUGGCUCUACUAUUAGAAAAUCUAAAUUGUCAAAUGCAGAAAUGUACUUUCAAAUUACUGGAUAUGCCACAAAUUAUAAUGAAAUGAAAAUGUACAUGCUCUUUGGUGAUAGUAAUGAAUUGUGGACUUUUGAUGCUAAAACCUUGGCAAUGGAAAAGAAUAUUUUGGGAAUUGAUGCCAGUGCAAUUACUGAUAUUCAAUUUGACCAAAAAACAUCAACUCUUUAUGCCAUUGUUCAAAACGAGAGAAAUUACAUUCAAUCCUAUAAUUUCAAAACUCAACAAUUGGAAAUUGUCAUGACUUUCAACGAUACUAUGGCCACUAUUUUGGGUGCUUCUACCUAUGACUCUAAGAAUGGAAUUUACUAUGUUGGUGGUGCUUUUGGAAAGAAUAAUGCUAUUGUUGGAUGUGAUGUUAGAAAUAGAAAGAUUGUUUCUCAAAUUCUCUUUUUAGAUGGUGACGAAUUCAAUGGAUUGAGCUAUGAUGGCCACACCAACAAGUUGCAUGGAUUGUAUACUAAGGGAAAUUGUACCACCGACUGUACCUCAAUGAUUAGCAUUGAUGGAUUGACUGGAAAGAGAGAAUUCUGGCAACCAAAGAAUCUUCCAAUUGGUAUCCUUGGUCUCUAUUCAAACUCUGCUUAUGAAGGUUUCUACUUUUAUCAAGUUAUCAAUAAUGGACUCUACAACUUUGGAAUGAUCAAUUUGGCCACCAAGCAAGUAGUUAGAAAUUACAGAAUUUAUGACAAUUUCAUUUAUGAAGGCAUUAGAGCACAAUGUCCACAUGCUCAGUCAGGACUUUCACUCUUCUCCUCCCUUCCACAAUGGAAUGUACAAGGAGCAGACCUCGUAAUUUCAACACCGGUCAAGGUUGACCAAACAGCAAGCGCCGUGCUUCGUUCUAUCACAAUCGCUAAUGGUGGUUCACUCAUAUUUGAUGAUGCUAUUUUGAAUUUAAAUGUUGAAUUUAUCAAGGUUGAAAAGGGAGGUAAAUUCAUUGCUGGUAGCGCUGAUUGUCCAAUUACAAAAAAGAUUACAGUUACAUGCUAUGGUACUAGAACUUUAGAAAAUAUUAUUGGUAGUGAUCCAUAUGAUAAUACAGCAACUGGUUAUAAGGGUAUUAUUGCUAUGAGUGGAGCUACUCUUCAAUUACAUGGUGCUGUUAAUCGUCCAACUUGGACUAAUCUUGCCGAAACUGUUGUUAAAGGUUCUAAUCGUAUCAAGACUAUUGAUGCUACUCAAUGGAAAGUAGGUGAUAAGAUUGUUUUGGCUUCCACUGACUUUAGUGAAGUUGUCCAAUCAAGUGCCAAACUUCCAUCAUGGAUGACUGGUGGUUACAAAUUCCCAGACCAAAAUGAAGAACGUACUAUUGCAUCUGUUAUUGAUUCUCGUACAUUUACUGUUGAUUUACCAUUCAACUACACUCACUGGGGUGCAGGUUAUCAAAGAGCUGAAGUUGGUAUCUUGAAUAGAAAUAUUGUUUUCAGAGGUGAUAAUUCAAGCGCUUCUCAAGCAGGUUAUGGUGGACAUUUUAUGAUUCGUUUGUUGGAUCAUUGUGAAAUUAGUGGUAUUGAAGUUACUGGAUUUGGUCAAAAGGGUGUUAUGGGAAGAUGUAUUGUUGUCCACGAUACUAAUGGUUUACUUGUCAAGAAUAAUGUUUGUUUUGAUUCAUUUGGACAUCAAUACUUCCUGGAAGAUGGGCCUGAAAAUGGUAAUCAAUUUAUUGGAAAUCUCGGAAUUAGAGCUCGUCCUGUUGUCAGUGGAGAUCCACAACAAUUAAUUCCUUCAGAUCAUGAUGUUUCUAUCUUUUGGAUUACUAAUCCAAAUAACACAUAUAUUGGAAAUGCUGCAGUCCAAGCAAAGUUUGGCUUUUGGUACACAAUGCCUGUAAAUCCAACUGGUUUGAGUGCUUCCACUUAUGGAACUACUGUCACUCCAAGAAGACUUCCAUUGGGUGCUUUUAUCAAUAAUACAGCUCACUCUUUAUUUACUGGUCUCAUGGUUGAUGACAUGGAAAAACCUGACGGUACUACUGAAUUGGCUUCUUAUUCCCCACCAGUUGAAACUUGGUUCGAAGGUUUGAUUGCUUACAAGAAUCGUGAUCGUGGUUGUUGGGCAAGAGGAGGUCCACUUGGUUUCAAUAAUUUCAUCUUGAUGGAUAACAGACUUGGCUUCCUUACACCUCCAGGUCCUAAUAUCUUGACAAACUCAUUAUUUGUUGGUGAAAGUGACAAUGUUGGUGAGGUUGCUAGACCUACUAUUGAUCUUGGUGGUCGUUCUAGACCUGGUCUUUAUUCUGCUGGUGACAUUAUUAAGGGUCAUGACACUUAUGAUAAUGGUGGUCCUCAAUACAUUAAGAAUGUAACCUUCCUUAAUUAUGUAACUAAUCAAUAUAGAAAGGCUGGUUCCCUGGGUCAACUUAUGAAUGCACCAUUUAAGCAUCAAAGUAUGAAUAGAUAUGUAGAUUUAAAGUUUGAUGAUGCUACUAACAGAGUUUACAUUCAUGACCAAUUUAAUGAUGCCAAUAGAGGUACCACCAUUUUGGAUAUUGAUGGUUCCGUAACUGGUAGAUCUCCAGGUGGUUGGAUUGUUGCUAAUGACACUUUAUUGACUAGAAAGGGUUGCACACCAGUUCCUCUCUGGCAAGGACAUAAUUGUCCAGUUGCUUUGGAAGGUUAUUCUCAAUUCGCUGUUGUCAACCUUAAUGGAGAAUUUUCUACUGAAAGUGACACUGGUUCCUAUCCUGAUUUGAAUGUAAAGGGAAAGACAGUUGCAAGAAUGUACACUCAUGAUUUGACUAGAGGACUUUCUAGCUCAGUAGUUGGUGCCUUCUCAUCUGAUGGUUUCUUUUAUUUCCACUCCAAUGUACUUGUCCGUAAUUUCUAUGCUGUUCGUUGGGCAUUUAACAUUCCUACUCCACCAGCUCUCAAAUUCUCAUUGGGUUCAAGUGCUAACAAUGAAUGGAUUGUUUUCAAUAUUCAAUAUCCAAGAACAGCCGUUUUGGAUAUCACUUGGUCUUCUUACAGUCAAUCAGUCAGACAACCAAUGAAGAAAGCCAAUAAUUUACAACAAAUUUUGGACGAUCCAACUUAUUACUAUUACGAUUCUGCAUCUGAAAAUCUUUUCAUCCAUUUGAAGAAUAGAGCUGGUAGAACAGCAUUCUCUGAAAGAUUCAAUUUAGUUGCUUAUAGUUUUGAUGGUUUCAAUGUUGUUGUCAAUGCCACAUGUGCCAAUAACAAGUGUGAUGUUGAUGAUUACAGUUUACCAAAGGAUGCUGAAAAGUUUAUUAAAAAGUACAAUAGAGAAGAUAGAUUUGCUGGUGUCAUGCAACCUUGUCAAAUUGCAUCAUCUAUGACAGCUGUUAAGGGAAGUGGUAUUGUUUUUGCUGUUUUACUUCCAAAUAGAAGAACUCUUGAUGUUACUGUUCACCAUGAUCUUUCAUUGAUUGCUUCAAAGAUGUCUAUUGGUGUUGGUGAACCUGGAAGUGAAGAAAAGUUCAUUUCUCAAGUUGGUGUCAAAUAUUCUCCAUAUUCCAUGUCUAGAUUCUCAGUUGACUUGUCCUAUGAUGAAAUUGCUGCAUUGUUGAAGGGUAAAAUCUUUAUCAAACUUCACACUUUUGAUUAUCCAGAUGGUCAUUUGAGAGGUCAAUUACAUUGUAACCAUGGUGUUAGACCAAAUGGUCAUGCUGCUUGUCAAGUUCCACUCAGUAUUUCAGCUGCCAAGCCAUGUGAUCCAGUUUCUAAUUCUUUCGUUUUCUACACUGAUGUUGAACAAUCUAUCAAAUCAAGUUAUUCCAUUUAUGGUUGGUCUGAUACUGUUAUUGAUAGAAACUUUACUGCUGCUCCAAUUUGUGGUACUUCAUCAAUUAAAACUUCCUUAUGGAAGGGUGGAUUCCAAGUUUCAAAGAGUUUCAAGGCUGGAGGUCCAUACAAUGUGGUUGAUUUGAGUGUUUACAAAUAUUUCGAAUUCUUUGUUAGAGGACUUUCCCAAGGACAAACAACUUUGAAUAUUUACUUUACUGAAAUUGUUAAUGAUGCUGCCAAAGAUAUUUCAAGCAUGUACAUUGAUCCAAAGUAUAUUCAACAUUUCAAGAUUGAUGAUUCCAGAACUACCAGAGUUAGAAUUCCAGUUGCUGAUUAUCCAUUCACAAACAAGACUUCACUCAAUGCUGUUCAAAGAGUUGGUUUCGUUUUGAAUAAUCAAGCUCAAGGUACAAGAGAAUUGAUCUUUGAUAAUUUGAGAUUUGUUACUGGUGAAAAUGACCAGUUGGAGGAUUCUGCAUUCGACACUGCUCAAAUUAUUUCAUUUGAUAAGAAGUGGGGUAUUUGUAAUGCUGCCAAUGUUGAAAAUCCAGAUCUUGAUCCAUUGAACGUUAGAUUGACUGGUUUGGAAGUUGCCGAAGCUUCUGCCAUUAUUCCAUCCAAUUCAUCUGCCCCAAGAACAAGUAACGCCACUCGUGGAGGUGUUAGUUCAAUGAUGGUCAAUCUUCUUAUUGUUUUGAUGAUGCUCAUUACUUUCAAUCUUUAAAUUGUUCCAAAACAUGAAAUGAUUUGAAUAAAAAUUGUUGAAAUCUGUU